AUGAAGGAGGAAAGAGGAACUCGAGGAGACGAGACUUUGGGCACGCUGGAAGUGAGUACUCACAUUGAAGACUCUACCCCCAGCAACAACAACAAUGUCAUACGCGUCACGUUGCUGGCGCCUAUCUUUGUGCGCCCAGCACUCGCACCACCACCAGCUUUCACGCCAACACCACCAUCCACGACGCCAACACCACCAUCCGCGUCACCUUCGCCAUCAUUUGCACCACCAUCUUUGUCAUUCAUGCUGGCACUAGCGCAUACCCCAGCGACACCAUCACCAAUGACCACUAUGCCAUUCCCAAUGCGACGGAUGCCAUGCGCGAAUGCCCAGCGUGCGCCCCUCCUCCUUCUUGUGCCAUCCACAUAUGUUCAAGUCACGUCAGCAUUCGCUGACGUGUGCUGGACAUAUGUGCUAAGCACUGGCGGAUCUAUGACCCGCAGGUACACCCUUGAUGGGUUGUACCCUGGGUCCUUACUUCGCUACCCACUGUGCAACCUGUACCCUUGCUGCGGGUCCUUGCUCUUCUUGCUCUUUUCCCCUGCUGGAGCCCUUUCCCAGUGUGCUGGCCACGUUUCUCACUCAAGCCAGGUUGUAACUGCUGAGCCUUUUCUGUGA